AUGGCAACACGUUUGCGUCAACUUAAGCGUGUGUUUUUGAUAUACGUUCUUGUAAUAUUUCCUGUUGUUUGGGAUUCUGUAGCAGGAACUUCCCACAGGGGGAUCACUUCAUCAGAGGCCAGUGCGUGGUAUUCUAAAGACAAUGAAACUUCAAGCUCACAAAGUACAACAGACAUUUAUAUUAUGGAUUCAGGGACCUCGUAUAUUGGUGUCGUUGAAACGGACUCUGCCACAAACACACCACCAUCUGAGAUGUACUCUAAAGACUUUCCAGAUUCGGCGAGAAACAUUUCGGAAGAGACUUCACUAUCUGGCGAUUCUCAGCCAGACUACAGUACAACCGUAUUGUAUACUGAAUAUAUUUUCUCACUAGAAGCCCUUGUACCUAACAAACACACCUAUUUCUGGGACAAAAGAAAAUUCACCUCUAGACAGUUUGAAGAGAGUUACUGCCCGUAUAGAUGUCAAAAUGGGCAGGUUGUAGAACUGAAAGAACGCAGCGGUUACUGCUCUUCUGUCAUUUGUUUUCAAUGUACAUGCAAACAAUCAGAAUGCCAAAUCUACGGUAUCUGUUGUCCCGAUAUUUCAGUGCCAUAUUUGUCCUCGCCGAACAACACAGCUCCUGGUGCCAGAAACACUGACAAAAUCUCACAUGUCAGCGAAACAAAUGAGUCAGGUGACAAUGCGAAGAGUUCACCUGACAGUGUUGCGGUGGACAAUUCUUCCAGUACAGAAGCGAAUGAUAAAAACAAAAAUGUAAAUUCCAAUACUCUAAAAGAGUCCGAAUCCGCGAGUUUCCAAGAUAGCAAAGCAUUUCCUAAGUUAGAAUGCUACGCAGAUCUAAAUGUUCUUUACAUAAGAUCUUGUCUUCAGCACGUCCAGGCUUCUAAUGAAGUGAUACAAAAAUGUGAAUCAAAUAUCCCGGAAAACGAAACCAGUUUUGAUUCCUUUACCUUGGUAACGGACAAUUCAACAAACGCAGUCUACUACAACAAAUUUUGUGCAGAGUGCAAUGGCGUGAAGCAGCUUCAACUGUGGGACGUCAAGGUGACCUGUGAAACCUUUAUGAAAGUGUACACAGCCAGGUCCAUGGACGAGUUCCUGAGACUGGCCUUGGACACGAGGUCCGGCUGCUCCAUCAAGCAGCAGUCUCCCUCCGACCAGCAGUUAGUUAUGUGUGAUAGUUAUUGGUUCGGGUCUCCAAUAAUUGACACCUGCAAUGUGACAGGCCUAUGGCGCGAGGCUGAUGAAGAUGUGGUGACCGGAUGUGUCUCGCCGACAUUCCGGAAUUACAAACAUGCAGUGAUGAUAUCAGUGCAUGUGUACGCAAAUAUAUUCUGUGUGAUCUGCAACCAGAGAGACUACCCAUCCUUCGAGAAAUGUCCAGACAAUGGCAAAAUGAACCCAGUGCCACCAGUAUACUCCCCAUAUUCUAUCUUGUUCAACCUCCGCGACAAAUCUCCCACUACAGAGUCGACCGGGAGACUGAACACCUGUAACAGCACACAGUGGGCUAGUCCAGACGGAUUGUGUGUUCCUGCUGGUUGUUCCCCGGGGAAGAUUCUCGUUGAUGGCAACUGUACAACGGCCGUGACCCAGAUAACAAGCUUGGGCUAUAGACUACGGCUGUGGUUUUUCCCGGUAAGGGACAAUGAAACAGCUAUCAGACAAACAACGGGUGUGCCGUCGUCGAAAUAUGCCCUUGAUGUGUUCUAUAUGAAGCUGAGCGGCCUUCUGUUACCUUUAGUUAAAUAUGCCAAACUUUCGUAUGGAGUUUUGCUCAACACGUCAACGAUGGAAGCCUUCUAUGAAACAGACAAUGGUACUUCUGAGCCUUCGUCUCCUUCCAGCAAACCUCUGACUAAUCUACAAGAUUACCACUUCCGUGUUCCGUACUUAUACUGGGUAACAGGUGAAAUCGUUUCCAGCGGUGAUAUCAGUAGAGACAAGUUCGAGCAGACAAUACUUGACACACUCUUGAAUGCAGAAUUGUAUGUACAUUUUGACGACCAGGUAGCUUUACCUUUCAAGCCUGUUCAAAUGUGGCAUGAUUUUAAUAUUACAACAUACUGUAUGGAUAUUGAAAACAACAACACUGACAUAAAAUGUUUUGAUGACGAAGAAGUCAUAAAUUUUGCUUUAAGACCUCGGUAUUUUCUCGGUGUCUAUUCCAGUGUUGUUGAUUUGUUUAUAAAUCUUACAAGAAUAUUGACAUGUAAAUUUGUCAGCUUUUCAAGAUCCCAAUAUCUGAUUGAAGCGGACUACAAAAAUUGUCUGCCUAGUGUUACUAUCAAGUUUAAUUUUGCUACCAAACAGAUUUCCAUCGCCAAUGAUUCUGGCUUCAGCAAAAUGUCGGUCGAUGUGAAUGGAGAGUUGAACAUUUGUUGUGAUUUUCUCGACGAGCAGAUAGCCUUAAUGUCUGGGGUCAGAGAGAAGGCAGGUUUAAUCAAGACAGUUCAGUACUUUCUGACUUUUGUCUGCAUGGGCGUGUCCAUGUUGUGUCUUCUACUGACCAUUGUGACGUAUGUGAGGUUCUCUGUUCUGCGAAGUGUUGCCGGGAAAAACAACUUGUGUCUUUGUCUCAGCCUGUUUCUGGCACAGGCGUCUCUGCUGGCUAGUUUUUUCACGAAUGUCGAAUCCGUCCUGUGCAUCCCCUUGGGAAUGCUGACCCACUUCUUAUGGAUAAACAUGUUUGUGUGGAACUUCCUUUGCUGCUUCUACAUGUACAGAGUUUUUGGCGCCAAGACCCGCAUCCUACAGAAAACUCCUCGAUCUCAGAACAUCAGCUUGAUCAAGAAUGUUGCCUUCUCCUUGCUGGCCCCGGCCAUUGUUGUUUCGUUGGUUGUGGUUGGUGUUUACGUCACUUCCGGUGGAAGCAGCCUUGGAUACGGUGGCAGCGUCUGUUAUUUGAACGACAGAAUUCUUGUUGCCGCUGCCACUGUUGCCCCCGUGAUUCUCAUCACCAUCGUCAACAUCCUUUUCUUCCUGAUGACCAUCUACAGCAUCCACGGCGUGGCCAGGCUGCAGACGAUCUACACGUCCAAGAAGGAUGACCAGCACAACGUGUACAUCUACGUCAAACUGUCCAGCGUGACAGGGGCGUUCUGGAUCACCUUCAUAGCUGCUGAAAUCUCCGACCUGGACGGGCUGAGAAUCGUUGCAAUCAUGCUAAACGGACUUCAAGGUCUCUUCAUCUUCAUCUCCUUUGUCUGCAACAAGCGGGUGCUCAUGCUCUACCUGCCGCCUCGGUCACCACAGAUAACUAACAUCACACGGACCAGCUCCAAUUCUGAGACAAAAGUUCAUCAGCGGGAUGCUCACCACGAACUCCAACACGCGCAGUCCGUGGCCUUCGUCAGCGGGGAGACAACUAGCGGAAAUAUGUUCUUCGCUGACAUUACUGCGAUACAGCCUGAUAGUUUCUUGGGUCGAAAAGCUGAUGAGACUGUUCUAAAGAAGUGA